CUCAUCCAAUAGAUUACACUUCUAUUCUGAUUGUAGAACUUGUAUGCAUUUGGUUGGGUACUAGCUCCUUCCAUGCAAGGGAUUAAUUAGCAAUCGGCAGCAGAGAAUUUUGUGUUGUUUCGGUGCUCCAAGCUCUCUUCGUCUUCUCUUUCUGUGGAUGAGUUCGUGUUUAUUGUUUCACAAAUGCUAUUUAGGUCACUGAAUUAUGUGAUGCUGUUUGGGGCUACUACCAUUGUUUUGCUAUGACGGCUUUCACUCUCCAAAUAUAAUUUUAGUGCGAAAGAUAACAAUAUGUGAGGACAUUUUUCUGCUUUUUGAAUCCAGUAAUAUGUACAUAAACUCAAUUAUGAGUCAGCUGCUGAUGUGUAGUAUUAAUAUUAACCUUUAGAUUUUGAAUGACGGACGGGAUUUUAUUUUUUUGUUUUAUUGUUUUCUGAGCAUGGAUCCCUAGCAAAGCCUUCGUCAAGCAUUUAAUGGAAAAAAAAAGUCUUCGUUAAGCUAUUCUGUGCUCCACUUGUUUAAAAUCAGAUCUGUGCCUCUUGUUCAAAAUCAAUUCUGUGCCCUGUUAAUUUUGCAUUCCAGUUUUUCUUUCAAAUGGUUGUUGGUACGUAGGCCAAUCGUCUAGCCAACUUCAGUUUGCUUACUCUUUGCUUUUUACUAGUCACCCUUCACAAGUUGGAUCGUGAAAAAAGGGACUGGUAAGUCAAAACUUACUUGCAAAUUGUUCAAACCUUUACUUACAAUUUAUCAAAUUCAAAAUAAUUGGUAUUUACUGACACCGAUGCUAAUGCCAAUUUAACUUGCCUGUUUAGUCAGACUUUCGGAUCAGCUCAGAUGACGGAAUUGACCGUAGUCAUGGAAGAUCAUGGCAGUACAAAUAUUGAUGUUGAAGCAUUGGAACAGAGGAUGAAAGCAAAGCUUCGCAGUGAUUCACCCUUGUCUGCUCAGUGCUGCAUUUUCAGAGUUCCUGAAUUACUCCGGAAACAUAAACCAGAGGCAUCUGAUGUUGUCUCAAUCGGACCCUUUCAUCACAGUAGCAGCAAACUUUUUGCAAACAUGAAAGAUGUGAAACAGUGGUAUUUAAAUUCUCUACUCUUAAGAAAGAAUAUAAGUUUAAAAGCUUUGAUCCAAGGUAUUGAUAGUAUUACUUGGUUUGAGAAACGCGCCCGUGAUUAUUAUGCAGAAUCAUUUAAUCAUCUUGACCAGAACCAAUUCAUAGAAAUGAUGAUAAUUGAUGGCUGCUUCCUAUUAGAACUAUUUCAGAGACGUUCCAAUAUUUUCCCAGAUUCAGAUAAGGUCAAUGUACUCAAUGAUCCCUUAUCCAACAUGGGUUGCAUGAUCCAGUAUCUUUGCCAUGAUCUUCUGCUGCUAGAAAAUCAACUGCCUUGGUUUGUUCUCGAGUCUCUAUAUAACCUUACCUGCUACGAACGAGGCUCUCUCACUAGGCUGGUUCUCAACUUCUUCAUCAGCGGACUAUCGUCACUGGCUCAUAAUUGCAACGGUUAUCGCAAUCACAGUCAUGAUAAUGAAAUUCUACACAUACUUGAUCUGAUAAGAAGUGCUAUUUUGGUGGCCGGCUUGAUGACUAUUGAUUUCAAAGAUGGAGUUCUCACAAUUCCACAGCUUGCAAUUGCAGAUAUUAAUGAACCUUUGUUCAGGAACCGCAUAGCCUUCGAGCAAUGCUAUCAUGGUCGAGACUAUAAAGUAACUUCUUAUGCCUCUUUAAUGGAUAACCUCAUUGCUUCCAGCAAGGAUGUUGUUUUUCUCUCUGACAAUGAAAUAAUCCGUAAUUGGUUGAGUGCUGAAGAUGCUUCCCAGGUGUUCAGUAAGCUUGUUAAUGACACAUUGAUUGUUGAUUUUUGCUAUGGCAGGCUCUGUGCUGCAGUGAAUAAAUAUUACAAAGUUAGAUGGAACCAGUGGCUAGCCCGACUGAAGCGUGAUUACUUAUCUAAUCCAUGGAAAAUCACUUCUUUGGUUGCAGCCUUUAUCCUUCUGGUUCUCACCCUAUUGCAGACAACAUAUACCAUUCAGCAAUACUAUUCUCCUCCUAAGUGAUGUUUGUUAGCUAGUUUACUUAAUUUUUGUGCUAUUCAGUUUUCUUUCCUUUGGCAAUGUAUUUUUAUGUACAUACGUAUUGUUCUAGCUACGGAAUUUCAAAUAAAAGUUGGAUUGCAUAUGACUAUAUGAGUGUUAUUAGUAGGCCGGUGGUCAUCAUCUGGGAUGCUUCUUCCUUUUGAAUUCAGAAGCCAUUUCUCAUUUGUUUUCCAUUAUUGUUGAAUUUAAGCUGACAACCCAU